GCUGGGUGUAGGGGCGGCCGCGCGCACGCAGGGGGUGUAGAGGCACGGCGCUGCCUGGACGCGGUCGCUACGCUGCUCGGAGCUGGUGUCGUGGACUGUGGCCUGCGGGUGGCGCGUGGACUCGCCCUCGGAGGGAGACCCAUGCGCACUGUCUCAGGCUGUAGUUCCGUGGACCCUCUUCGCCGCACCUCGGGUGGCUGCAGGCGACUGCACCCUCAAGCAGCAUGGCAGCCCCCACCCGGCCUCCACCACUACCAGACCCCCAGUUUGUGCUCCGAGGCACUCAGUCGGCCGUUCACGCACUGCACUUCUACAGAGGAACCCAGGGUCAGGGAUGCCCGCUCCUCCUCUCAGGAUCUCUUAGCGGCCUCGUGCACAUCUGGAGCCUGCACACACGGAGGGCACUCACCACCCUGGAUGGCCAUGGGAGCCAGUGUGUGACCUGGCUGCAGACGCUGCCUCACGGGCACCAGCUUCUCAGCCAGGGCCGCGACCUGAGACUGUGCCUUUGGGACCUGGCGGAGGGCCGGAACGCGGUUGUGGACUCCGUGCGUCUUGAGAGCGUGGGCUUCUGCAGGAGCACUGUGCUGGCCGGGGCUCCGCCUCGCUGGAUGGUGGCCAUGCCAGGGAGAGGCAGCGACGAGGUUGAGAUUCUGGAGAUGCCAUCCAAGACGUCAGUGUGUACCCUGAAGCCGGAGGCGGAUGCCAAGCCGGGCAUGCCCAUGUGCCUGGAGCUGUGGCAGCAGGCCGACUCCAGCCCCCGCCCGCGCCUGCUGGCCGGCUACGAGGAUGGAUCUGUGGCCCUGUGGGAUGUCUCUGAGAGGAAGGUGUGCAGCCGCGUCACCUGCCAUACGGAGCCUGUCAUGGGCCUUGACUUUGACUCCCAGAAGGCCAGGGGCGUCUCGGGCUCUGCGGAGAAGGUUCUGGCUGUCUGGAGCCUGGAUGAGCAGCAGUCCCUGAAGGUGUGCAGAACUCACGAACUCACCAAUCCUGGCAUAGCUGAUGUCAUGAUCCGGCCAGAUCGCAAGCUCCUGGCCACUGCAGGCUGGGACCACCGCGUUCGCAUAUUCCACUGGAGGACAAUGAAGCCACUGGCUGUGCUGGACUUCCAUACUGCAACUGUCCACUGUGUGGCCUUCGCUGAUGAUGGCUUGCUGGCCGCGGGAUCUGGGGACCGGCGCAUCAGCAUCUGGUCGCUCUACCAGCGAACAUGAGUUGCCUACGCUUCUUGCUCAAAAUGCGCUGAGGGUGUAGGGGGCGCAUCUGCACUUUGGCGUUGAUUUGGUCAUGUGGAAAACCAGACCUCAAGGACCCUUAAGGACCAGCAAGCCAUAGGCUAGUCUCCAGUUAUGAAAAAGAGCUCAGUCCGUGGAAUCCUCACCUUCUUCAUGAGGUUCACUUUCCUUUUGUGACAUCUGUUGUCCAUUCAAAAGUGACUCUGGUGGUUUAAAAAAGAAUAACUGAGCCAGACACCUGGGCAUUUGUAGCCUAGGGAAGAGACGUUUGCUUGUGUCUGGCAGCAUUGGCAACCUAAGUGUAUUUUACAAUAAAUUUUCA